AUGGAUAAUGGAGAUGGAAUAGCCGUCGGUUGGUUAGGACAUCCUAUCUUUAGAGAUAAAGAGGGGCAUGAACUUUUUGUAAGGCGUAUGCCUACUUUUUUUAAGACAUUUCCAGUUGUUUUGAUAGACGGAGACGGAAUUGUUAGAGCCGAUGUUCCUUUUCGAAGAGCAGAAUCGAAGUAUAGUGUUGAACAAGUAGGUGUAACUGUUGAGUUCUAUGGUGGCGAACUCAACGGAGUCAGUUAUAGUGAUCCCGCUACUGUGAAAAAAUAUGCUAGACGUGCUCAAUUGGGUGAAAUUUUUGAAUUAGAUCGUGCCACUUUGAAAUCAGAUGGUGUUUUUCGUAGCAGUCCAAGGGUCCAAGUAGCAACGGGGUUUGCUAUGACCUUUUAUUAUCGUCCGACCGUUACUGAGGCUUUUGCUUCGGUUCAAUAUAUAAUGACUGAGGCUAACUUUGGUUGGUUAAUCCGAUCUGUUCAUCGAUGGUCGGCAAGACUAAUCCCUAUUACUUUGGCUGGAUUAUUCCUAACUGCAUAUUUACAAUACCGACGUGGUGAUCAAUUGGACCUUUGA